AAAAAAAGUGAAUAUUUGGGCUUAAAACCUGGAAAACAAAUUAAGACUCUCAGUGCAGACUUAAAACUUGCCAGACUUCCCGUGAUUCUUUUUAAUUCUCGCUUGUGACUUGACAAGAGUCCAAAUGCUGUGCUUUGAAGAACAGAAGCAUGCUUUCCACUGAGACUUACACUACCAUUUGUGAUACAGAAUGUCUCUAAGUGAGAAGAAUAGUGUGGUUUUUGCAUAUGAAUCUUCAAUACACAGUACCAAUGUACUUCUCAGUCUUGAUGAUCAGAGAAAGCAAGACAUUCUUUGUGAUGUUACCAUUUUAGUGGAAGAUCAGCGAUUUCGGGCUCACAAAGCUGUGCUUGCAGCUUGCAGCAGUUACUUCCUUUCGAGAAUUGUGGGCCAGGUGGAUGCUGAUCUUAUCAUCACUUUACCGGAAGAGGUAACGCUUAAAGGAUUUAGUCCUUUGCUUCAGUUCGCAUACACAGCUAAGCUUAUUUUAAAUAAAGACAAUGUGUCUGAAGUUUGCAAAUGUGCUGAAUUUUUGGGUGUACGCAACAUUGAAGAGUCUUGCUUUCAGUUUCUCAAAUUCAAAUUUUUGGACUUUAAAUUGGUGGAAUGUCCUAGGAAGAAGUGUUGUACACAGCGUUGUCAGAAAACAAUCUCUAAAAUUGGCCAUGUGGAUGAUGGAGACCUAGCAAUAGAUGAUGAAGCGGAAGAACUUUUAGAAAAGGAAUAUAUUCAAACUCCUGACACAAAGCUCUGUAAAGAUGAAGAAAAUGCUAAAUCAUCGCCUGCUCUCCAAGAUAAUGCCAAUCAAACAUGUGAUCCUGUACAUGUAGAAAGGGGUAGUGUUUCCAGCUUAUCUUCCCAGUGCCCAAAGUAUCGGAAGUUCCAGAAAGCCUUUGGAAAUGACAAAGUUCAUACUUCAGAGUCCAGUUCCAGUAUUAAAGACAUUCAGGUGCCACCAAUUGCAACUUUUCUUGACAAGGAAAUAUCCGAUAAUGAUGGCAUACAAAAAGCUCAGGAGUGUGUAUCUAUGCAGCUGGUCUCAAAAUGUGAAGAGACUCAGGUAAAAAUGGAAGAAAGGGAGGAAGGUAUUGAGAAAAAGGAAGAGUCAAAGAGAGAUUCUGUGACUCAGAAUGUGUCGUGUCCUGUGGAGAAAAUGGAUCUUGCUGCUUUCCCCCAAAACCCUGCUGCACCUCAUGGACUCAAUUCUGUUACUUUUUUACAUACUUGUGAGCAAUAUGGUAACUUGAAUUUUGGUAGCAUGCAAAACACCACAGUUUUAGCCGAAAAAACUGUAUCAGGUACUGGAGUUGGGAAUGACAAAAUUGAAAGUCAAGAUGACACACCUUCAAAGGUUGAGUUGUGUACUAGGGAAGCUGUUAACAUUACAUCAGCUGGUGAUCGAAGCAGUGUAGAGAGAGAGGUAGCAGAACAUCUAGCAAAAGGGUUCUGGAGUGAUAUUUACAGCACAGAAGCCUGUCAAAUACAUUUACCACCUGCAGUUCCAAAAGAGUGCUUGGAGCCAGUAUAUUCGGGGAAAAAAUCAGAGUGUCCAUGGCUGGGUAUCAGAAUCAGUGAAAGCCCUGAACCUUGCUCUCAACGAACUUUUACAACGCUGAAUUCUGUCAACUGCCCCUUUAUAAGCAACCUUAGUACUGAAGGGUGCUCCAACAGCUCUGAAAUAAGCAGUGGAGAUUAUGUUCAGGGGCAGCAACAAGAACAGUGUCCAUAUAAUUAUGUAAUAAGUCUGGGAGAGGAUUCGGAAACUGACACUGAGGGAGACAGUGAAUCCUGUUCAGCAAGAGAACAGGAAUGUGAGGUAAAACUGCCAUUUAAUGCACAGAGGAUUAUCUCACUUUCCAGAAAUGACUUCCAGUCAUUUCUGAAAAUGCAUAAAUUAACUCCUGAACAAUUGGACUGUAUUCAUGACAUCCGAAGACGAAGUAAAAAUAGAAUUGCAGCACAGCGAUGUCGUAAGCGAAAACUUGACUGCAUACAGAAUCUUGAAUCUGAAAUUGAAAAACUGCAAAAUGAGAAGGAGAACUUGUUGAAGGAAAGAAACCAUAUUUUGUCAACACUGGGUGAGACAAAGCAGAAUCUGACUGGACUUUGCCAGCAGGUGUGUAAGGAAGCAGCGUUGAGUCACGAGCAAAUACAAAUACUUGCAAAAUAUUCUUCCUCAGAUUGUCCACUUUCAUUUUUAUUCCCGGAGAGAGAACGAAUAGCUCCACCUGAUAGUGAGCUUGCAAUACCAGCGUGUAUAGAAUUAGCAGAUGGUCUUCCAGGUGUUACAUCUACAAAUGAGCAGAGUUCUUGUUAUCAGCAUGUGAAGAGUGUGUGUGAUGCAACAUACGAUCAAGUACAAGAACUGCAUCCAGUUUCUGUAAGAACAUUAGAGAAAACUUCGCUUGUGGAACAAUGUGGACAGAGUGGUGGUAUCACAGACUUCUGUCAGCAAAUGACUGACAAAUGCACUACAGAUGAGUGAAUCUGUUCGCUUCCUAUUGCCAGCCGCUCAACAUUGCAACUAAAAGUGAGAUUGAACAUUA